AAAACAAAGAUAUUUUACUACGAUUUAAGCAAUAGCAAAACGGAAAUAUUAUUAAGUUUAAAUAUCACCUUUAAUAUUACGAAACAUAAACCAAAAAUGCUAAUAAAGAAACGUGUGUAAUUAAAAUCGUAUUUUAAAAAAUUUUUCCGGAUAUUUAGGCAAAAAAGCAGAAAUCAAUACCAAAGUCAAGGAAAACGUAAACAACUUUUCCUUUCUGUUUCCCUUGGAGUAAGGUGAGAAGGGGAGCAGACAAAUUUAUAAUGGCCACCGAAAACAAUGAUAAAAUACCUUUGAAGCAGGCUGAAAUAGCCAUUAGACGUUUUAAUGACAUGGCCAUACCACAUCAUUUAGGUCUGUUGAAAAAUCACCGCAGUAAUAUCGAGAAGAGCUUAGCUCUUGGUAAUUGGAGUAAAAUUAAAAAGGAGGAAAUCAAUGCUAUGCGUGUUAUAAAGCAAGUGAAAAACUUAUUAUUAGAAAUGGAUGAUUUAAGAGCGAAAGUGCGUGAUGAAGAUUUGGAGAAAUUUGAUAAAAUGAUGGAUCUGGGCAAACAGAAAGCUUUUGAAGGAAUGAAAGAAUAUAUGAAUUUGCAGUUAAAAGCUCCUCCAAAUUAUAAACGUCGCACUGGAUAUUCUAACGGCGAGGGCACUGACGAGCAUAAUAUGGAUUUGCUAUCACCAGUAGACAUUACUCAGACUCAGGCAUAUUGCCAGAUAAUACCAGAAAUUGAAGCCGAUUUUCAGCCCGAAGAGUACACAUUAGCGCAGCGACAAGCUUGUUUAGAUGAGUUGGAAAAUUUACAACACGAAAUACGGGAUCUCAAUGGAAUGUUUCAUAAUAUGCAUGAAAUGGUGCAAGAACAAGCGGUCAAUGUACAAGCAGCAGCUGAUAAUGCUGAAGAGGCUUUGGAACGAGUGCAAGCUGGAGAAAGAAACUUGCGCAAGGCUUUGACUUAUCAAAAAGCCAUGUAUCCUGUUAUGGGUGCUUUGUUGGGCACCUGCGUCGGUGGUCCCAUAGGUUUGGUGGCCGGAUUGAAGGCUGGCAGUUUGGCGGCAGUUGGUUGUGGUAUUCUGGGCUUCACUGGUGGCUCUGUUCUGAAAGGAAAUCCACCCAUUAUGCAGGGCAAUAUUGUGGAAGAACAUGACGUACAAGAUCAGCAAACAACUGAAGAAAUAGAGUUACAUAAAAAGGGCGACUGACAUUUAGAGCAAAGCGUCAGCAGUCUCUCGGUGUGGGCCGCUUCAACAAGACAAUUAGUUCGUUUGCCUGAAGAAGCCACAGCACGUUUGGAACCUAUGGCCAAUGACGUUUUAUGCAGUGUGCGUUCAUAUUGUUCAAUUCAAUAAGUGUUAACAUAUAUUUUUUUCACUUUACCAAUAAGAGAAUAAUAUUUAAGACAAAUUUUGUUUUUAUAACUUUUUAAUUGCAUCAGCAAAGCAUUGUUUCUAAACUAUUAAGACAAAUUUUAACGUAAGCCAAUCGAACAUAUGACCUACGCCUUUUUACCUAUAUGACAUAAAUUUGUUUUCUCCUUUUUUGUUUUUCCAAUCCAAAUAGUUUGUAUAAUGUUCCAGUAGUGUAAUCGUUGUAUGUAAUUAUAAUCAA